AUGGCAGACUGGAAAUUACUGGGGGAAGUACCAGACUCUGAAGACGAAGAUGGGUUCGACAGCCAAGAAUUGGCAGCCAACAUCGAUUCCACAACUGCGCCUUUAGGCCAAUUACUGGAGGCAAAUGAGAACGACAUAUGGGAAUUUCUCGGCUCGCAAGAUGCAUCCAAAGCCACACACACUGUGCCCAGCCCGAAUGGCUCCCUGAGCUCGUCGCCUCUGUCGUCAGCGCAGAGUGUAGAUGGGCUACCCGAUCUUGACGGCAUGUUCUUAGACGGCAGCGAAACCAGCAAUACCCAAGAAGCCUUAGACGGAAAUUCAAGCAAGCAGAAUGGUUCUCGAAUAUACAUCGAAUUAGCGAACCGAGCGCCGACGACAUUCGAGGAUCUGUCACGCGAUGACACCCUCAACGAAGCCCUCGACGAAGACGUUGCUUUACCGAGCCAGGAUUUGGGUCACCUUGAAAACACCCAUGACCUGCAGCGCGAAGCAGUACGGCUAGACCGUUCACUACGGCCGCGUAAGCCGAUCCAAGAACACCCCUAUCUCCUUGAGAAUGCCCAGUAUAGCAGUCUUAUUCGUCAACACGGCAUGCGUCCUGUUCAAGUGGCUAUUGCUCGUGCCAGGGCGGUGCGAGAAGAAAAUGUCCAGGACGGAGACUUUCAGGAUGAUAGCCAGGGAAACUCACUUCCGGAUCUAAACCACUCAAGUCAACUGCUGAGCGGCAACGGCGUGGACGGAAGUGGAGAUCUUGGCAUAUUCAACUUCCCGUCUUCCUCACCCCCCAAGACAUCGCCCUGGAUCGGUCAUGGGCGGUCUAGCAAUCACGGCAGCUCACAAGAUGACACGGAUAAUACCAGUGUCCCUGAUCAAGACUUGCCUGCACUCCAUGAGCUACUCUCCAAAUCUCAGCGAAAGGUCUCACCUUCCACAAAACGGCCCAAUACUAUGUUAGCCUCAUCUGCCCGGAAGCGAAGAAGACACGAUAUUGUCGACAGUGACCCUAUGGAUGUCGAUAUCAGUGGAAGAAUUGCUUACGUUCCCACCAGUAAUCGCUUAGCUGCUGGACCGCUGCCACCCAUUCCACGGCUCCAGAUGAAUGUGCGACGUUCCGUCGAUAUUCCCCCCACCAAGACUGUUUUGACGAUAGAUAACAGCUCGUCAUCGGACAAUGAGGGGAAUGAGGGGAAUGAAGGGAAUGAGGAAGAAGAAAUGCAAGAACGUCAAGGCAACAUAUUCGACGAACCUGUCAAAGAAAAGCUCGACUACAGAAGGCGCAUAAGAGGAGUUCUACCAGCCUCUUGGCUGCGUUUGGACCAAAAGGCAAGCAGGGAUAAGGCGCAGAAAGUUGUUCACGGUCGACAACGGAAUAGCACACUAGAGAAGGAGGCUCGUCGCGGCUUGGCGCAAACAAGGACAAUAAGCAAUGCAGCAACGUCCACGGACCCUACAUGGUUCUUCGAUGAAUCCGAAGACGAUGCUUCUCCAACACGGCCCGCAACGACUGAUGACACACACCUUACCCAAUCUCGAAUUAUCUUAAUACCAGACGAAACACCAAUGCAACCGAAUGACGACCUUUCCGACGAAGGUUCCGUCCUAGAGCAUGACACCAUUGAUAGCAUGUUCAGUGGAUCACGACGGCGACGCGCCUCCAGAGAUGCAAGCCGACCUCCCAAGACCGGGAAUACUUCCAAGAGACCCACGAGCUCUAAACACAGGCAAACAAAAAUUACGACAUCUCUUAAUGCGUCCAAGUCCACUUCAAGUGGCCAACCGAAGCCUUGGCGGUCACACGGGCAAAAUUCAGAUCGACCAUCUGGGGGACGGCCUGCUUCGCGACCGGCUCCUAAGCCGCUAAGUGUCCUUGAUGUCAUUGAGCGAGAUGCUCCUCGAUUCCUCAGAAUUGCAGCACGGACAGCGAGAACAAGAGUCAACCAAGGGCGCAGCAGCCCUACGAAAAAGAUGAUACGCCUCGCGUCGAGAGUAGAUCAUGUUGAUGCCGCCGUCUCGCUUAAUCAAUGGAAGUCCGGAUCCAUUCCACAGAGGAGGGAGGUUUCCGAAGCGAGAAAAGAGAAGCGGAAACAAGUCUUACGAAAAUCCUCCGCAGAGCGAGCUGGUAAUCAACCGACGGCAGGACGCAAUAAGCACAACCAGACCAAAAUCCCAACAAACAAGUCGCGAAAGUUUGUAAAGAAGACCAGCAGUGGGGGAUCUGCUCGCUAUUUGCCAUCCGGAAACCCGCCAAGUGUUUUGACUCCUGCCAGCAUGGCAAGCAUCAAGAACAACGAAACUUUACCACCCGUCCUGGAAUCUACGCAAUCUAUAGGACAAAGUGCGAGAUCCCCGGCAGAGACUUUGCGGCCUUCACGCCCAGCACUGUUGGAAGCGGAAGACUUUGGAAAAGUAGCACCGCUCGUAUUUCAUCGACGAAAGAAGUUUCUGGACAGGAUUUACCGCAAGAACAACCGGGAGUCAUCCGUCGACACAUCGGACGCUCGCUCCGAAGCUACCAUCGACAGGCUUUUCACGGCAAAUCAGUCGAGAAGUGACCAGGGAGAUGCUAAAACAGAGAUCCCGUUGGAAAAACAACCAAAGCGCAGCAUUCGACCCAAAAAGGCACGAAAACCAGUGCGCAUCGAUGUGGAUGCACCACAAUUCAGUCACGCAGCGGAUCCCCUACCAAAUUCGUACACCAUUAACCUCGAGCCGGAGCAGCCGCAAACUAGUAACGAAGAGGCCAAACUUGCCGGGCUCGGCCCCUACGGCACACAAUAUACCACCCAUUUCGAGAUCUUUCCGCUGAGCCCUGGAGUAUACUUUCACCAAUCAACACUUCUUGGCAGUGGUGUUAUAGAGGAUUGUCAAAAGUGCGCCAAGAGACGGAUGUUGCUUAGUUUGCGGCCGCGAGUCACCUUCCAAUUUGGUACCUAUUCUUGUCGAUGGAGUGAUUGGAACUCCCAGACAUCCUCUGAAUUGGGCAUUGUGCUUGAUUUGGUUGCGGAAGAGCUGGAGAAGCCAGGAGGAAUAAGCAUACCUGAAGAGUCCACCGUUCUUGAAGCAUCAAGAUUUAUAUCAAAGUAUGCAACAUCAGCAUUGACCUUUGCGGACGAGUCCGCUAUCAAGCCAUUCAUUGAAAGAGUGUUGGAUGUGGUGGGUAACUUUCAUUGUCGCCUGUCUGGUUUCGUCACAAGAGAGUCAAUGUCAGACAGAGCCUCCCAAACAGCAACAAGGGUGUAUGACAAUUUGCUCAUUCUUUUACUGGUGACUCUCAUGAUCUGCACCGAUGAUGAUACGCUCAUGACGGAAAAGUUUCGCGUGGAAGAUCUUCUGCGAAGUUUGGCUGCAGAAUCAGUGUCAAAUCUGCUGCUGAUUGGCAUCGACCGUGUGCAGGAAUCCUACAGGCGACUUCAGGAGUCUGGAGCCCGCGAGCAGGGGCUACGGGCAGAUCAACCGGUUAUUCACUCAUGGGCACUCCUGAUGCAGAUAUUGGGAGCCAGCCACAUCCCGCGCGGCUCAUUCUGGGACCUAUUAAAGCAAACCGCCGCAAACAACGACCAAAUCUCUAUCCCCGAUGCACAGAGAUAUGAACGAAUCUGGGAAACCAUGUUUGCUGUAUUGCCGAUGAGCGAAUUUAACUCUUCAGGAAUACUAAUACCUGGAAAGCGACACGAAGCAACUAGCGACGGAUGGACGAUUGUGCAGCAGUUGCUCCGACAAGUCUUUACAAUCUAUCGAAGAAACACACGGCAACCCCCCAGUUUCAAUAAUUACUGCCGGGCGCUGAUAAGCAGAUGCCACUAUCUCGUACAACAGUGGGGGUGGCGACGCAGUGCAGGCGUUGUUGGCACAAUUUUUGACUUUUUCGGCUCUCAGAAUCUAGAGCAUCUGCGCAAUGAAGAAGCCAAUGCUUCUCCAAAAUUCUUAGAGCACCUUGCUGGACAGCCGUCUCUCGUAGUCGACACAGGAGAUAACUGCUUCCACGUAUUUCUCAAACUUCUUGCUCUUAGCAUUCAGAAGCUUCGCGCUGCUGGUGCCAACAAAGAUAUCCGCAACCUCGUUGCUCGAACAAUUCCCAAUCACAACCGACAGCAUUUGAAGGAGCAAACAGUACACGAACGGGACCUGGCAGCUCUCCGAAACCAUCAUGAUCUUUUGGCAACUCUAUUUUGGGCUGCGCCGCCAGACUUGCGGCCAUCGCCCACGCUCAUUGAACGACUGGUAGCGCCGGAGACUUCGCACAAAGAAGCAAGUCUGAUCAAUAUUCGUUGCUGGAAUCAACUUUCUCGAUUCAUCGUGGCAAAGGGCGAGGCUGCAACAGCAUUCAAACCGUUCCACCUCUGGCGCAAAGACUUUUUCCAAAAGAUGAUUCAACAAUUUGAUUCUGCUGCCGCAGAUAUUCAACAGCAACUUCUGGCAUUGCCAAGUGAAGUCCGCCACACUAUUAGUAUGGACGUGAUUAGUUCCAUGGUUUCGAUGAACAAGGGAGCCGUCGGCGAUGUGCUCCAUGCAAGCAUCACUGCGUCUUUAGAUGUCAUGAAGCAUGCCGCCGAUCUGGAAGCAGCAACCUUUUGUCUGAAUACCUUGCAGCUGCAACACGUUUACAAACAGUUCAGUAUCUACCCACCUGAACUGAAUUGGAACGUGCUGCGAGCGGCCAUAUCUACUCUUGACUUGUUCGUGGGCUACAUUGCGGAAUUCAAAGAAAACGAAGAAAGUCAGCAGAGCGAAAGCCAAAUUCUCAACAGCGCUCAAGCAGAUGAUGCCCUUCUGCUGUUGGAUCACGAAAUUUCAAAACAUUAUUUCUCUAUGGUACGAUGCAUCCUGUCUAACAGCCCGUCAAACCAUGGCCUGGGAGCGCCUGAGAACUUUGGGGGCGCAGAACAAGGCGUCACCGUAGCCAUUCGACUAGCGACCGGACUGAUCAAUGGCGGACUAAUCAGACUGCAUCAUCUCUUCAAGCGUGGGAAAUACGGACUGUUUGAUGGCCCUAUCCAUAAGCUGGACUUUACCCAUCGACAGUAUCUCGUGUUAGUGGUCGUCACACUGCUGAGGGCUGGCUUCGAUGACUUUGCGGAUGUAGAGUUUACCUUGUGUGAGCUCUGGCUGCUUCUGCUCGUAAGACCCAGCGGCUACUUAAAGUAUGAGAAUCAACUGGCCGAGGUUCUGCGUCAACGGGGCGAAUACUUUCUCCCAUCAACCGACACUGGGCUCACAAACUCGUCAACAUACGAAUCCAAUGGCACGCUGUUUGAGUUUGCGAUAUCGACCAUGCGAAGCUCGAUACGUGAUGCCGGCCCAAAUCUGAAACGGAUCUUGACUGCGGAGCAUUCCAAGGCACUGAAACUUGUCAUGGAGCAAAUGAAGGAAGAUCUCAAGGCGACCUCCUCGCAGCCUAUGACCCAUGUCGCCUACGUCGCGUUUGCUCGACGGAUCAUCUCUCUCAUUCGAACUCAUGGUUCCGAGAUUUGCACACUUGACAGCUUUUACUACCAAAUCAGCAAGGACUAUUCCCCGUCCAGAGAAGAUCCUCAAUUGCAAGUUGCUGCCAUGGUGUCGUAUGGUUUGCGUCUUCGCGAAGGCGACACGAAGGUCGUACAACAAGUGUUCUUCUUCUUGUUCAAUAAUUUCAAGAUGGCUUUGAUAUCCGACAGCCUCAAAGAAGAGAAAAAGACGCUACGCAAAGGAAUGAGCCAGGACCGUGGGAUCACACAAUUUAUUAUUGGAAAGAUGAUCCCUGCGGUAAUCGAAGCCACUGCUUGGAAGGAAAUGGCCUACCCCCUCCUGGACCUAUACGCGCGGGCGAUCCGAAGCAGGCUCAAACAAUCUACCACGACAUACAAUUUGAGUGAAGCAGACCUUCCCGGAGUUAUGGCUGUUGUACAAGCCACAUUGAAUAAAGUCGAGGGAUGGGCUGCAGAGCAAGAGCUUAUUACAGCUGCAAGACUUCACGCUCUCCAGAGCAUCUUUGCAGUAUUCAACUUGCUUUGGCCUUCUCUUUACGAAUAUUCAUUGAAUGAGGAUGUGUCGUCUGGGCCAUGGUGCGACAUUACGGAGCUUAUUCGGAAGCUUAGCCAAUACGUCAUCUCCAGCAGGGAUGCACUUGGACAAGAAGGGUUCUGGAGCCCUCAGAUGCAAUUUGGCGAGAUUUUUGCCGCUGUGCCCGCGGAAAGUACUCCAAACCGAAGCAUGGCAGAUGGGGAUGUUAGAGGCUUCGCCGACAAUAUCAAGCAAGAUAUUGAUCGUAAUUGGUACGAGCUGGACGGGCGCAUUUCUAUUGAGAUGCCAGGGAAACCACGCGCCAGAGACACUUCGCAAGGUGUCUUGCAACCCAGAUGGGAUGCUGCCGCGCUCGUUGACGGCGCAAGAGCGCAGCUCACAGAGUGGCUGCGCUGGAAGAAAAAGCUGGAUGAAGAGGAUCAUUCCGUGGUUGGGGAAUGGCCCGAAGCGAUGAUAUUUUGA